AUUUGCUUUUGGUUGAUAGAUCAAUCAAUACUCCACGUUUGUCGGUUACAUUAAAGAGAAAGGGUUAGAGUUGUUUCCGGCGAAAGAUGUGUUCUACAGUUAUACUAGUAGUUUAGUCCAAGCAUAUUUCCACCUACUCCGGCUUGGAUUAUAGUAUUCAUACUAUAAAAAUUGAAUGUUCAUCAACAAGUGUGCAUAGUAAUAUUAUAGUCUCCAGUAUCUACCAACCCAAAUUAAUGAAGUCACAAACUCGCAAAACAUGUUUUAAAGUGUGCAUAACCGUCAUACUUUAAAACAAUUUUUUUUUAUAUUUUAUAUUUAAUAUCUAAUAGAUAUUUUGGCUUUUUGCAUGUCUCUUUUGACUAAUGCUUUUUGCAUGUUAUAGCCUUUUAAAAAUUGUUCAUGUCACUUGUGUUGUAAUUAAAUAGGCUAUUAGCUUAAAAUCAUAUUAGUCAUCAAAUAUGAUGGUUCGAAGUAGAGAGAAACAGUCAACCUUUGUUUGUAAAAGAUGCUUAGGCCAGACUCUCAGACUGAUCUUCUUCCAAAAAAAACAUCCAAUGGUUUUGCAUUAAUUUUUUUCUCAUGUUUCUAGAUUGGAAAACUUAAUUAAUCGCAGCAAAAAGGCUCUUCAAGCUCAUUUCCUUUAUAGUGGACAUCAUGAUUUGGACCAUCUUUGGAAUCAUUUCUAAUUUUUAGUUUUUUUAAUAAAAUAUUCAGUGACAAAAAAAAGAUUUUCAUAUACAAAAUAUUUCCCAAGUUAUGAUAUAAAAGACCGUAAUCUUGACAUGUGCUUUUCAUUUGGGUUUGAUUAAGCAGAGACCUUUAUACAUAACGAAGAAACAAAACAGAAAGCUAAAGAAUCACAUUUAGUUUGAGCAAUGGAAGUGCUAUCGGCUAUGAUUUUCAAAUUGUGGGUGAACCUUUGGAACUGAAUACUUCAAAGUUCAAUCUCUUUUCUUCGUGUUUAGGAUAAACCGUUUUAUGACCUUUGAAGAUGUGAUCCGUUGCUUUGAGUCUAGAUGCGCACUUGGCUCAUCAAUCAGAUAGAUAUCUGGCUGGCUUCCCGAGGCAUAAAGUAAUGACAAACCUCUGCCUCUCUCCAUCUGAAAGUUUAUUUACCGUUUGAUCCAACAACGCUUCAAUCUGAAGCGGUCUCAUUGCAUCCGACACAAACUGAGUAUGUGUAUAUGCAUCAUGUAUCUUAUCAUGUAACAACUGUCUCAGUGUUGUACACUCGCGCUUCCAAUCAUAUACUUGCGGUUUGUAUGACACAUUAAACUCUGGCAUCCCUGAUUCUAUACACCCUCGUCACGUAGGAAUGCAUCUACCUGCAUGAGGAUACUUGUUUUAUUCCUUCAAAUUCUAACCAAAAUAAAGGAGAGAUAAAACAAAGAUUCCGCCCAGUACCGUUCUCCCCCAGCAUUGCAAUAAUCCGAGAGUCUGUGAACUCCUUCCAUCACAUCGAUCUUGAAAUCUCCUAUUUUCUUACUUAUGUAAAUUCGGGUAUUUGUAUCUUCCAUAGGACUUUCACUUUCAAGUCGCUCCAUUGUGGAGUAUCAGACACCUUGAAAGGAAACAACAACUAACAUAUCAGUCACAAAUUCUCUAGUGGGAGGUGCGUUAGAACCCAUUGCCAGGGAGGUGCGCUAAAUGUCAUUGCCAUCAUUGGAAAAGCUCUAGUGGGUCAUCGAUGAUAUCAUGAUGAUGCACUUCUGAUCUCUCUUUCGCUUUUUGUUUCAAACUAAUUUUGGGUUACAUUAUUGAACUUCUAGGCUUUCAGUAGAUAAGUACUUAUCUUGGAUUCAGAUUAUAUUUCAGGUCGUGGGUUUUUUAUUUAUUAGAGAGAGCUACAUUUUAUAAUGACCACCAAAUCAUUUUAUUUAUUAGAAAAAUUCACAACUGGUGACAGCAACUAAAACUACACCAAACACUUUGAUAAUGACUACCAAACCAUCUGUCAUCGUCAUUUAACGGGUUGAUUAAAAAAAAAGGACUUGUAAGUAUGAACUAGACCCGUUGACCAUAACGAAAUGAAAAUGCCGAUACACCGAAUUAACACAAAAAUAUACAUAUUCGUAACAACUAACCAGUAGUGCACUGCCACGUUGCUUAUUGCUAUUGGUUGGUAAAAAAUAUUAAAUAUGACAUACUGCUCAAAAUAAUACUUUCUCUUCCCGAAAAUAAGAUUUUAUAGAAUUUUCAUGUUCAUUAAAAAUAUAAUAAAUUACAAUUUAAUUUACAAUCUAUUUUUCAAUAUAAUUUCUAAUAACUAUCUACUAAUAAAAUUUAAUCAAUUCAAAUAUUUACAAUUGAUGUUUUUUAAAAGUAUACAAAAGUACUUUAAAAAUAUAGAAAAUCUAUUUUUGUGGAACAAAAAUAAAUUCUAAAAAAAUUAUUUUCGAAAACAGAGGGAAUAACAUGUUGGGAUAAAUUAACAAGUCAACACUCGUUGGAAGAAUUUUUACGUUAACAUAAUUAAUAUGAAUAAGAUAAAAGAACAAUGGAUAAUUUUCCAUUUCUUCAUCAAAGUUAUAUAAUUUAGUUCAGAACUAUUUUGUUUUCAAAAUUUAAGAGAACAAACUAGAAUUAAUUAACUCUUAACUUAACAUCCUUAAAAUCAUAUUUUAGAUAGAGAUAAAAUAACAAUACUGGCUGCUUUAUACAAGUCGGGCUUGACCCCACGCUCUUGAAACAUUUGAAUGAAAAGUGGCCAUUUGAAAAAAUAUUUAUAUAUUAUCUAAAACUUUAAAUGUAAAAUAGAAAGAAAAUAACAAAAAGCAGCUUUACAUAACUAUAUUAAAAAUUAUAAUAACUAAAAUGUUCUUAAAACUUUGAAGUUGCUAAAAAUAUUUUCUCUUAAAAAGUAAUUUAAAUAAAAAUUUUGUUCAAAAAUAUAUUUUUAAUAAAACUUAAAUAAAACUUUUUGUUUUGAAUGGGGGCCUCCGACUUUUCUUUCUUUUUCCCGGCCAGCGAAUACGAAUUAUGGCAAAUAAAAAUCAUAUAUUGAUUCCCAGCCAUCGUCUUUUUAUUCUUAUUGUACUGAAGAGUCUAUAAUCUAUUAUAUAUAUAUAUAUAUAACAUAUAUCAACUAGAAAUAAAUCUCAUACCACAAUCCACACAUAUGGCAAAGCUCAUCCUCAUCCUCAUCAUCGCCUCCCAACUACUCCUUCUCACGGCCGUUGUCUCCGCCGGAAAAGGCGAUGACUUUGCAAAAGUCAUUGACCGGAAACUCCUAGGCCUCCGUAAAGAGAAACUCACUUUCUUCCGUGUCUACUGGCACGACAUCCAAAGCGGCUCAAACCCUACCUCGGUCGUGCUCAGACCUCCUCUCUCCAACUCCUCCUUCUUCGGAGCGGUCACUGUCAUCGAUAACCGGUUAACCACGGGGGUCCCCGUGAACUCGACUUUGGUAGGCCAGGCCCAAGGGAUAUACGCUGCUGUGGGACAGCACGACUCGUCUGCGCUUAUGGUUAUGAACUUUGCGUUCAAGACAGGGAAGUAUAACGGAAGCACGAUCUCGAUACUUGGUAGAAACGAGGUGUUGACUAAGGUUAGGGAGAUGCCGGUGAUCGGAGGAAGUGGACUGUUCCGGUUCGCUAGAGGUUAUGUCGAGGCAAGGACCAUGUGGUUUGAUCAAAAGACAGGAGAUGCUACUGUUGAGUACAGCUGUUACGUCAUGCACUACUAGCUACAUAAUAUAAUAGUGUGUGUAUCUUUGUUUAUUGUGAAUUUGCGACUGUCGUUACUUACGUAACAUUUUGCAUUUACCGAGUGUUGUUGUUUGGCGUUUGUUGCAUGUCACGUUGUGUGGUCUGAUCAUUGAGAGGGGGCAACGUAGUUAAUUAUAUGUUUUUAUAGUAUAUUCAUUGUAAUGGUUUUAUUUCAUUUACAAAAUAAAAAGUGGUUGUUUCUACGUGAAACAGACAAUA